UUAAAGCCUUACACAGGAGUCUUCCAUUCAUGGAUGCAUACUCCUCCGAAAUUGAGCACUCAACACCUGCUACCCCACGUAAUUCUCACCGGCAAUACCACACUACCCCUGCAAGAUCUCAACCUCAAUCCGCCUCAUUUUCAGUUUCCACUUCGUACGACUUUCCUUUGGGCUCACGCAGGCCUCGAAACCCCACUCCAGCCAGCCCUUUUGCAGCUGAUGAUGACAGGUCAUGGCAAGGUGAGCUGUCAUGGCAGUUCAACCCUACUGGAUGGCGUGACAAUCGCGAUUUUAGUGCUGCACUGAGCCCAGUAGGAUAUUCAAGUGGCAGUAGGAUAUUCAGGAGAUCAGCAAAGGACUAUUUUCUUUCACGUACUACUGCUGCUGCUGGUUUACGUAGCUUUACCAAUCCAUACUAUGAUCAUUCUUCCGGACAUUAUGAAGCAUUACCGUCUGGAAGGCUUGAGCUACAGAGCUAUGUUGCCAGAGAUGGAGAAGACGCGUUCUCUGCAAGAAGAUUUGCUCCCCGUGAACCAACUAUGCCGCAUGGAGCUCAUCGUCACUUGUCAGCUGCUACUAAAAGGAGUGCUGCAAGUAGUGGGCCUUUGGCUGACAAAGACGAGCUGAGCUUAGUUGAUUAUGAUGCACCGGAGGAUUUAGAUCAUCAAAUCAACUUGUUAGAGACUGAUCCAGGUCACCUCCAACGCCAGAACCCUAGUUGGUUAUCAAUAUCAAACGCUUAUAAGCACAAAGGAACAGAAGAUGACCUGUAUAGCGUUGGUCAUGGUCCUCGCAAUCCUGGUCACACCACCCACCAUAUUCAUGGCGGCGAUGCACAAAGCCAUCGGAAGUUAAACUGUCAGUAUGGACAGAAUCAUCAUCAUUAUCAUCACCGGACAUCAUUGGCUACAGCGCCAUAUCGUCAUGGGGACUACGAUCAUACAGUGCAUGCCCUGGAAAACAUCAAUGAUGACUUGUAUUCUUUUAAUAAUGAUCAUAAGACUCCAAAUCACCGAGUUCAUGAAGCUACAAGUAAUCAGUACCGCACUCACAGUCACAGUGGGUAUGAUGUUGACCAGGAAUUGGCUUACGAUGUACAAGAUUUUGAUGACGAUGAUGUUGGGGCGCCCAAGUCAGUCGGACUGUUUGGUUUGUUCAAGUACUCAACCAAAUUUGAUUUGUUACUUGUGCUGUUAGGUUGUUUGGGAUCUUUGAUAAAUGGGGGAUCUCUUCCUUGGUAUUCCUAUCUUUUCGGACGGUUUGUAAAUAAAAUUGCAAAGGAAUCAAAAACUGAUUUACAAAAGAUGAUGAAAGAUGUGGAAAAGAUUUGUCUGCUUAUGACUGGAUUGGCUGCAGUCGUGGUAGUUGGAGCAUAUAUGGAAAUUACUUGUUGGAGAAUGGUUGGGGAACGAUCUGCCCUCAGAAUUAGAACUCAGUAUCUAAGAGCAGUUUUGCGACAGGAUAUAGGCUUUUUUGACACUGAUAUCAGCACCAGUGACAUUAUGCACGGAAUUUCAAGUGAUGUUGCACAAAUCCAGGAAGUGAUGGGAGAGAAGAUGGCACAUUUUGUGCAUCACAUCUUCACAUUCAUAUGUGGUUACACUGUUGGAUUCUUAAGAUCAUGGAAGAUUUCCCUGGCAAUCUUUGCAGUCACACCAUUGACUAUGUUCUGUGGCAUUGCCUAUAAGGCAAUAUAUGGUGGUUUAGCUGCAAAAGAAGAGGACUCUUACCGUAGAGCAGGCAGCAUAGCGGAGCAAGCCAUAUCAUCGAUUAGAACUGUAUUCUCAUUUGUAGCAGAGGAUCUUUUAGCUGAAAAAUACGUUGAUGUGCUUGAUAAGUCGGUGCCAUUAGGGAUAAAGAUUGGGUUUGCCAAGGGAGCAGGGAUUGGAGUUAUCUAUUUGGUCACAUAUGCUACAUGGGCAUUGGCUUUCUGGUAUGGAUCAAUCUUAGUUGCAAGGAAAGAGAUAAAGGGAGGUGAAGCCAUUGCAUGUUUCUUUGGCGUUACUGUAGGGGGAAGGGGCUUGGCUUUGUCCUUGUCAUAUUUUGCUCAAUUUGCACAAGGAACCGUAGCAGCAAGCAGAGUAUUUGAAGUUAUAGACAGAGUUCCAGAUAUUGAUCCCUAUAGUGCUGAGGGGAAGAGGCUUUCCAACCCACGAGGGAAGAUAGAGUUCAAGGGUGUUACCUUUGCCUACCCUUCUCGCCCUACAAUCCAGAUUCUCCAGUCUCUCAACUUGGUUAUUCCAGCUUCAAAGACUUCGGCAUUAGUUGGUACCAGUGGAGGCGGCAAGUCAACAAUUUUUGCUCUCAUAGAGAGAUUUUAUGAUCCUACCCAAGGUAUUGUUACCCUUGAUGGUAACGAUUUGAGGACAUUACAAGUUAAAUGGUUGAGAAGUCAGAUUGGUAUGGUUGGUCAGGAACCAGUUCUUUUCUCAACAACCAUACUAGAAAACGUGAUGAUGGGAAAGGAGAAUGCCACCAAGAAAGAGGCAAUUAAAGCCUGCAUUGCUGCAAAUGCUCACAGUUUCAUCUCUGGACUUCCACAAGGCUAUGAAACCAUGGUAGGAGAUCGGGGAACCUUACUGUCUGGUGGUCAGAAGCAGCGUAUUGCCCUUGCUCGAGCAAUGAUCAAGGACCCUAAGAUCCUUCUCCUAGAUGAGCCUACAAGUGCGCUAGAUCCUGAAUCUGAGACAGUGGUUCAAAAAGCCAUAGAUAAAAUUUCAAUGGGUAGAACCACCAUUGUCAUUGCUCAUAGGCUAGCAACAAUCAAACAUGCGGAUGCCAUAGUUGUGCUUGAUAGAGGUUCUGUUGUGGAGAUUGGAAAUCAUCAUGAACUCAUGGAAAAUUCUGGAUCCUACUAUAACCUGGUUAAGCUUGCUUUGGAAGCUGUCUCAAAACCAACGUUGCAACAAUCCGAUAUUGCAAUUGGUUUCCAUACCAAAUUGAAUCAGGAUCCCUCACAAGCAGAGAAUGUAUAUGAGAUAUCAAGAUCAAAGUACUUGAAAUCCAAUCAAGAUGUGGGCCAAGUUGAAGAGGCAGAAGAUAAACAAUCCGAGUUGAGGAAAUAUAAACUUUCAGAGGUAUGGAAUCUACAGAAACCAGAACUCAUGAUACUGUUAUUGGGGCUUCUUUUGGGUAUGCAUGCAGGUGCUAUUCUAUCAGUCUUUCCCCUGGUUCUUGGCCAAGCACUUAAUGUCUACUUUGAUCCAAACACCAAAAAUUUGAAAAGAGAAAUUAGAAAGCUCUGCUUGAUUCUGGUUGGACUUGGCUUUGGGUGUAUAGGAUUCAUGACAGGCCAACAAGGUCUCUGUGGUUGGGCUGGUACCAAACUCACAAAGAGAGUCAGAGAUUUCUUGUUCAGAGCUAUACUAAAACAAGAACCUGGCUGGUUUGACAUUAAUGAGAAUUCCACUGGGAUACUUGUGUCAAGGCUCUCAAGUGAUUGUGUUAGUUUCCGAUCAAUUUUGGGCGAUAAGAUUUCAGUGCUGUUAAUGGGGUUGAGUUCUGCAGCAGUUGGCCUCGGUUUUUCAUUUUUUCUUGAAUGGAGAUUGACUCUCUUGGCCGCUGCUCUUACACCAUUCACUCUUGGUGCAAGCUAUUUCAGCUUGAUAAUUAAUGUUGGACCAAAACUAGAUAAUAGUUCUUAUGCCAAAGCUAGCAAUAUUGCUGCAGAUGCUGUGUCCAAUAUCAGAACAGUGGCCACUUUCUCAACUCAUGAACGCAUAGUUCAAUCUUUUGAUCAAGCUUUGUCUAAGCCGAAAAAAUUAUCAGUCAAAAGAACACAAAUUCUUGGUUUAGCUCUUGGGUUUUCUCAAGGUGCUAUGUAUGGAGCUUAUACCUUAACUUUAUUCUUUGGUGCUUAUCUUGUGAAAGAAGGCUAUACCAACUUCGGGGAUGUGUACAAGAUUUUUCUGAUACUUGUUUUGAGUUCAUUUUCAGUAGGACAACUUGCAGGACUUGCACCGGACACUUACUUGGCCCCAACUGCAGUUCCAGCUGUUCUUAAUAUACUAAGUCGUAGGCCAUUAAUACAAGAUGAAAGCCAGAAAGGCAGCAAGAUAGAAAUGUUGAAGCCAUUUGAUGUUGAGUUCAGAAUGGUGACAUUUGCAUACCCUUCUAGGCCUGAUGUGAUCGUGUUGAGAGAUUUUGGUCUGAAGAUAAAAGGUGGGACAAUGGUUGCUUUGGUUGGAGGAAGUGGAUCUGGAAAAUCAACAGUAAUAUGGAUGGUCCAGAGGUUUUAUGAUCCAAUUCGGGGGAAGAUUUUGAUGGGAGGGGUUAAUCUUAGGGAGCUUGACUUGAAAUGGUUGAGAAGGCAGACGGCAUUAGUUGGUCAAGAGCCUGCCUUAUUUGCUGGAAGCAUAAGAGAGAAUAUUGCAUUUGGCAAUCCUAACGCUUCAUGGGCCGAAAUUGAAGAUGCUGCCAAGGAAGCUUACAUUCACAAAUUCAUCAGUGGCCUUCCUGAAGGCUACGAGACAGAGGUUGGAGACAGUGGGAUACAGUUGUCUGGUGGCCAGAAGCAAAGGAUCGCAAUAGCCAGAGCUAUACUGAAGAAGUCAAAAGUGCUCUUACUAGAUGAAGCUAGCAGUGCAUUAGACUUGGAAUCAGAGAAACAUGUCCAAGAUGCACUCAAGAAGAUUGCUAAAAGAGCCACCACCAUUGUGGUGGCUCAUCGGCUUUCAACAAUCAGAGAAGCAGAUGCAAUUGCAGUUGUGAGGGAUGGUGCGGUGGCAGAAUAUGGAAGCCAUGAAAAACUUAUGGCUUCCCACCUUGAUGGUGUCUACGCUAGCCUGGUUCGUGCAGAAUUGGAAGCAACAGCAUUUUCAUGAGCGGUGAAAACUGAAACAUGCUUCAAAAUUCUAUAUUGAUUGCAGAAAGAACAGUUUUUUCAGUGAAAUUGCAAGGAACAUUUACACAGUAAUGUUGAAGUGUUGAGUUUAAAACAACUCACAAACUCAAAAAGUACUAAAGCUCUGUAAGAGUUGUCAACUUGAUAUGCGACCCUCUCAUCUGAAAUUGCUAUGAAGAGUAAUCUAAUUCUACUCGACCAGGGGCAAGGUGGGCCGUAGAGAGCAGUUACACCAUUCAAGACCUUUCUCUGUUUUGUCAACUAACACACGAAGGCAAGUUGAUGUUCUAUUUUUCCCAGUCUCGUAGAAACAACUGCGCGCCCAAACACCU